AUGGAGGAUGGCUCUACCAUCGGCACCAACCAGGACAAACUAGAGCUCAUGCUGGAGGAGUUGGUCCUCAAAAAGAUUAGAGCUAUAGAGGCCAACAUUAGCCAGCCCUCUCCACAGUACCUGGAGUAUCACAUCAUCGGUAACAUUGUGCGUCCUUGUCCCCCCCCCCCCCCCCCCCCCCCCCACCCACCUUCUCCUGUACCAAUCCCACAACAGGACAGGAAAUUCUUCAAGGGCUUCUUUACUAAAGCAGGGAAGAAGGCAGUGAGAGCGGUGCUGUGGGUCUCAGCAGACGGUCUCCGUGUAGUAGAUGACAAAACUAAGGACCUGAUCCUAGACCAGACAAUAGAGAAAGUAUCGUUCUGCGCUCCGGACAGGAACUUUGAGAGAGCGUUCUCCUACAUCUGUAGAGAUGGAACUACUAGACGCUGGAUCUGCCACUGCUUCAUGGCUAUCAAGGACUCGGGAGAGCGUCUGAGCCACUCAGUGGGCUGUGCCUUCGCUGCCUGUCUGGAGAGGAAACAGAAGAGAGAGAAGGAGUGUGGUGUCACGGCAACCUUCGACGCCAACAGAACCACCUUCACCAGGGAGGGCUCGUUCCGAGUUACCACGGCGACGGAAGCCGCGGAGCGAGAAGAGGCCAUGAGGCAGUUACAGGACAAGAAAGCGGAGAGUGAUGUCAAGUCCGCAAUGCCUCUCUCCUCGGGCCCCAGCGUGGGUGUGGUGAACCUGGCUGUGGCCCCUCUACCAGGGCCCCCGUCCCCCUCCUCCUCCCCCCCCCUGGGCAUGGAGAGCACCCAGGGCCCCCAGGUUAUCCCCCGUAGACACGCUCCAGUGGAGGCCCUGGCCAGACAGGGUUCCUUCAGAGGGUUCCCUGCCCUCAACAACAACUCUUCUCCCUUCAAACGGCAGCUGUCCCUCAGGAUGAACGAUCUGCCCUCUACCAUGCAGAGGAAGUCUGACUUCCCCAUGAAGAACACGGUCCCGGAGAUGGAGGGAGAGGGGGACAGCAUCAGCUCGUUGUGUACCCAGAUAGCCUCAGCCUUCAGUGGGCCUCCUGAAGACCCCUUCUCCCAGGCCCCCAUGCCCCGACCAGCUUCCUCCCCACAGUCACCUGUAGCGCCCCCAGGGGCUCAGACAGGGAAUGGUACCGGUCCUGCCUUUCCUCCUGCUGUUGCUGCUAACUCUCCAGCACUGCCCCCUCCACUACCUGCUCGAGACACUAACCCCUGGGCCAAGACCCCAAGCCCCUACUGCCAAGCAGGGCAACAUACCUCCUCUGCCUCUUCCUCUACACACCCAGGAGGUGAUUGGACAACCCCAGUGAUUGUAGCUCCACCCUCCACCACGGCGUCCCCAUCGCACCUAUCCCACCGCCGCACGCCGUCAGAGGCUGACCGCUGGCUCGAGGAGGUCACCAAGUCUAUCUGCGCUCUGCAGCCCGCGUCUACACCCUCCUUCCAACAGUUCCUCACCCCCAACCCCCCAGCCUUGUCCACCAUCCCAACCCAGGCAUUCUCAACCACAUUACCCACAGGCCAGCCCUUCUCUGCCCCCAUGCCUGUGCCAUCUGUUGCUCCUGUGGCCUUCAUGUCCUCCCUGCCCCCUCGCCAGCCUGCCUACCCAAUGUCCAACGGGCUGCCCUAUGCCCACCCCAGUGUGCCCGUGGUGGGCAUCACUUCCUCUCAGAUGGUAGCCUAUUUGUUUGGUUCAACCCCCCAGCCCCAGGCGUACCCCGUCCCCCAGUAUGAUCCUUACAACAACCCCCACCAGCAGCCCUCUAUGCCCCUGCCUGUCCACCUCCAGCCACCCAAUGGGAGUGUCGCCUUCAAUGGAGGCGGAGCCGACAGCUGGGCCCCUCCCUUCCUGCCCCCUCAGUCCUCCCCGGCCCCUCCCCUGCCCCCGCAGCUCCAACCCGCGGCCGACCCCUUCGAGGCCAAGUGGGCCUCCCUGGAGAGUCGGUCCCGCCAGCACACCACACCGUCGCCCACUAACCCCUUCUCCUCCGAGCUCCACACAACCUUUGAGAUCCAGCUCUAGAGACUGAGGAGGAGGACUGGGGAGGAGGAGGACUGGGGAGGG